AUGUCCAUCAGGAAGUACAAGGCUGCCAUCUCACAGGCUGAGCCAGUCUGGUUCGACCUGCAAGGCGCGGUCGAUCGCACGGUCGAACUCAUCCAAGAGGCUGCCGCAAAUGGAGCAUCCCUGGUCGCGUUCUCUGAGCUCUGGAUUCCAGGGUAUCCCAACUUCCUCUGGGGCGGCACGUACAGCGAGAACAUCCCUUUGGUUCAGAAGUACAUGAAGAACAGCAUGACGGCGCAUGGACCCGAAAUGCUUCGAAUUCGCCAGGCGGCAGCGGCCAACAAGAUGCACGUCGUCCUGGGCUUCAGCGAGCGGGUGGCUAGCACCCUGUACCUUGCGCAGGUCCUCAUCGACGACAAAGGGGACGUUCUCCUCCACCGUCGCAAAAUCAAGCCCACCCAUCUGGAGCGCACCCUGUUUGGCGAUUCGACCGGCGACUCCUUGCAGACGGUGGCGGACACAAAGCUGGGAAAGAUCGGCAUGCUCAACUGCUGGGAGCACUUCCAGCCACUGCUCAAAUACCAUACCUACGCCCAGAACGAGCAGGUGCACGUGGCAGCGUGGCCGUACCACGGCGAGGCCCUGGGAGAGGAGCCUUGGUCCGUCUGUACCGAGGCGAACGAGGUGACGGCAAGCCGCAUGCAUGCCCUGGAAGGAGGCACCUUCGUCCUGGUCAGCAACCAGAUGAUCUCCGCCGAGGGACUCAAGAAGAACACCGAGGGCCACAACGCGACGGGCAAGUCCUUCUCCGUUGGUGGUGGCGGAGGUGGCGCAGCUCGAGUAUUCGGCCCCGACGGUCGCCAGCUCACCAAGGAGUCUGAUCCGUACCACGACGGCUUGAUUUACUGCGAUAUCGACCUCGACUUGAUCGACCGCGCCAAAACGCUGGCGGACCCGGUCGGGCACUACUCGCGGCCAGACCUGCUGCGGCUGGUGGUGGACGACCGGCCCAAACAUUACGAGAUGAGAGCUGAUGGGGAGCCACCGAAAACACUCACAUCCGCGUUCAAACCGCUCGGCGAAACGAUUGCGGAGUUUGAGAAUGUGGCACCGUGA